GUAGUGCGUCGCGUUCCCGUGAUCCCUCGCGCCUGAACGUGUUUGUGCCGUAGAGCUUCAUCAUGGCUAGCGACGGGCCGCCGGGCUCGGAAUCAAAUAUAGAUUUUAACACAUGGACUCACGGCGAGCUGCAGGCCAAACUGGCCGAGUUUGGUGCUCCUAAUAUGGGUCCCAGAGAGGAGCUCAUAGACAGGCUGAAAUCGUAUGCACAGUCUGGGAUGAUCUUAACCAAGCCGAACAUGUCAGGAGGAGAUGAAAAGGGCAUGACUACGAUGCCAGGUCUGCCGCCCAUGCCCCCGAUGCCCUCAAUGCCCCUUCCACCGGGCAUGAACAUGAUGCAGGCCAUGAAUAUGAUGGGCGGCCCUCCACCCAUCCACAUGGGCAUGGAGCCGCCUGGCAUGAUGCAGCACGACGACAGAGGCGUGCAGGGUGAUUCCCGGGUGAUGGACGAGCAGAUGAAGGAACAGGAGCUUCUAGAGCAGCAGAAACGGGCUGCUGUGCUUCUGGAACACGAGAGGCAGCAGGAACUUGCUAAAGUCCAGCAGGGGGCGGCACCAGGCCCCAGAGGACCUGAACUGGGACCUCGACCCAACCUCCUGCCCCCCAUCCCCCCUCUCAGAGUUGGGACUCAAGGUGGCCCGGCCCCUCCAGGUGUUUCUGUGGUGCCCCAGUCUGCCAAUCAACGGCAGAAAGUCCCGCCCCCUCCAGGAGAGGAUGCCAGAGAGGCAUGGCAGGGUGAAGAUGUUGGCAUUGGGCCGAAGAUUCCUCAGGCUCUGGAGAAGAUCCUGCAGCUGAAGGAAAUGAGGCAGGAGCAGCUCAGUGUCGCCCCUACAGAGGAGGAAGAUGAUGAUGAAGAGUCAGCAGAGAUGGACAUGAACAAUUCCUCUGCCCGUGGAUACUCAGAUGAGGAUGAUGAAAGCGGUCUUUCUAAAAAAGAAAAGAACCGCAAGCGCAGGAACAGAAAGAAGAAGAACAAGAAGAAGAAACGGGAGCAGGAGAAGGAGCAGGAGGAGGAGAGGAAGAAAGAGGAGGGCCGUGAGAAGGAGCCCGAGGUGGAGAUUGAAUAUGUGACGGAGGAGCCCGCCAUCUACGACCCCAACUUCAUCUUCUUUAAGAGGAUCUUUGAGGCUUUCAAGCUGACAGAUGAUGUGAAAAAGGAGAAGGAAAAAGAGCCGGAGAAGCCAGAAAAGCCAGAAAUUCUUUCCUUUAAGAAGAAGGGGUUCGAGCUGGAGAAGAAAGACAGUGAUGACAGUGAUGAGGAAACCAAGAAGGACUUGCCCAAACUGUCCAAAAAGAAACUGAGGAGGAUGAACAGAUUGACAGUGGCGGAGCUCAAACAGCUUGUAGCCCGUCCUGACGUGGUGGAGAUGCACGACGUGACUGCGCAGGAGCCCAAGCUGCUGGUUCACCUGAAGGCUACCAGGAACACUGUGCCCGUGCCGCGUCACUGGUGCUUCAAGAGAAAGUACCUGCAGGGGAAGAGAGGCAUAGAGAAACCUCCGUUUGAGCUGCCCGAGUUCAUCAGGAGAACCGGCAUCCAGGAGAUGAGAGAAGCCCUGCAGGAAAAGGAAGAUGCCAAAACCAUGAAGACCAAAAUGAGAGAGAAAGUUCGGCCCAAGAUGGGGAAAAUCGACAUCGACUACCAGAAGCUGCAUGAUGCCUUCUUCAAAUGGCAGAUCAAACCGAAGCUCACGAUACACGGGGACCUGUACUAUGAGGGAAAGGAGUUUGAGACUAGGCUGAAGGAGAAAAAACCAGGUGAUCUGUCCGAUGAGCUGAGGGUUGCUCUCGGGAUGCCCACAGGACCUAACUCUCAUAAAGUUCCUCCGCCGUGGCUGAUUGCCAUGCAGAGAUAUGGACCUCCACCCUCCUACCCCAACCUGAAGAUCCCUGGCCUCAACGCCCCCAUUCCUGAGAGCUGUUCGUUCGGGUAUCAUGCUGGCGGGUGGGGAAAACCUCCUGUGGAUGAAACAGGAAAACCGCUGUACGGAGAUGUGUUCGGAACCAACUCCAUAGACUUCCAGGCCAAAGCAGAGGAAGAGGAAGUAGACCGAACCCCGUGGGGUGAACUGGAGCCAUCUGAUGAGGAAUCAUCUGAGGAGGAAGAGGAGGAGGAGAGCGACGAGGACAAACCAGAUGAAACGGGUUUCUUCACACCUGCAGACAGCGGUUUGAUCACUCCGGGUGGCUUCUCCUCUGUUCCUGCCGGCAUGGAAACUCCAGAGCUCAUUGAGCUCAGGAAGAAGAAGAUCGAAGAGAUCAUGGACGGGAACGAGACGCCUCAGCUGUUCACAGUGCUUCCGGAGAGGAGAACAGGACCGGUCGGGGCUGCUAUGAUGGCUUCCACACACAUCUACGACAUGACUGCGGCGGUGACGAGCCGUAAGGGCGGAGUCUCGGCGCUGGGCGGAGACUCUCAGGCUGUGGAAGUGGCUCUGGCUCCAGAGGAGCUGGAGUUGGACCCCAUGGCCAUGACACAGAAGUACGAGGAGCACGUCAGGGAGCAGCAGGCGCAGGUGGAGAAAGAAGACUUCAGCGACAUGGUGGCUGAACACGCGGCUAAACAGAAGCAAAAGAAGCGCAAGGCACAGCCGCAGGAUACACGCUCUGGAGCAAAGAAGUACAAAGAGUUCAAGUUUUAGCCCUGCCGAGAGCCGUGGGGGACCAGCGAUACUCAUCCUUCAUUUCUUAUUCUUUUUAUCUGCUGAUAUUGUGUAGAAGCACACUUGUGUUUGUACGUAACAUUACAGUGAGUGGAGUUUUUCAUUUAUGCUCAAUGUUUUUGUAAAUAAAAUGGCAGUCCAUGACAA